AUGCAUUUGCCAACUCUCCUCUCAACCCUAUUCCUCGCGACUGGCAUCAUUGCCGCGCCGAGUGACCUAACUCGUCGUACGAGUAGAACCAGCGCUCCAUCAGGCUGUCUCAUGGUCGGCACUGGCGGGACAUACUCGACUAUUGGAGCUGCACUUACUGCGCUGGGCUCAUCCACUUCCGCGGCAUGCAUUUAUGUUGCCAGUGGCACGUACACGGAGCAGCUCACCAUCAACUAUGCGGGGACUCUAACUAUGUAUGGUGAGACCACGAACACGGGGACGUACAAGGAUAACACUGUGACCAUCACGCAUACGAUCUCUUCGCCAGAGGCUGGUAGUCUCGAUAAGAGCGCCACUGUUAAUGUUGUCUCGGCCGGGUUCAAGAUGUAUAACAUCAAUGUGGUGAAUGGAUAUGGAAAGGGUGCACAGGCCGUUGCGCUCGUUGGCAACGCGAACCAGCUCGGUUUCUACGGCUGCCAGUUCACAGGGUAUCAAGACACCCUGUAUGCAAAGGCUGGCACUCAGUACUACUCCAACUGCAUGAUCGAAGGAGCCGUGGACUACAUCUUCGGUGACGCCUCCGCCUGGUUUGGCGAAUGCGACAUUGUCUCCAAUGGGGGCGGCGCUAUCACCGCAAACUCACGUGAAACAUCCACCGACACAGCCUGGUACGCGAUCGACCACUGUAAUGUCAAAGCUGCGUCCGGCCUUGACCUUGAUGGGGAAGUGUAUCUUGGUCGACCCUGGCGCGUCCUUGCGCGCGUGAUCUAUCAGAACUCCGUUUUGGGAAGUUUGAUUAACGCGAAGGGGUGGACGACAAUGGCUGCUAAUGCGACGCCGUUGUAUUAUGAGUAUAAUAACUCUGGUGAUGGGUCGAGUACGUCGAGCCGCGAGUAUGAGACGGCUAUUUCGGCCGGGGUGACGAAGACAACGGUUUUGGGGAGUGAUUAUGGUAAUUGGAUUGAUUCGAGUUAUUAA